GCGGCGGCAGCGGCAUUGUGCGCGCACCAGCAGCCCGGCCCGGGAGGAGCAGGACGCGCCGGGGCCGCCUCCUCCCGCACGGACCCAUGAACCAGCCGGGCGGCGCGGCGGCUCCGCAGGCUGACGGAGCCAGUGCAGCCGGAAGGAAAAGCACUGCAAGCAGGGAGCGCUUGAAGCGCAGCCAGAAGAGCACCAAGGUGGAGGGUCCAGAGCCCGCACCGGCUGAGGCCUCGCUGAGUGCCGAGCAGGGGACGAUGACGGAGGUGAAGGUGAAGACCGAGCUACCUGAUGACUACAUCCAGGAGGUGAUCUGGCAGGGGGAGGCCAAGGAGGAGAAGAAGGCGGUCGGCAAGGACGGGACAGGUGAUGUGCCCGCUGAGAUCUGUGUGGUGAUCGGUGGUGUCCGCAACCAGCAGACCCUUGAUGGAAAAGCGCCCGAAGGCAGCCCCCACGGUGGAUCGGUGCGAAGCCGCUAUUCAGGGACCUGGAUUUUUGACCAAGCGUUGAGAUACACAUCUGGAUCCUAUGAGUGUGGAAUUUGUGGCAAGAAGUAUAAGUAUUACAACUGUUUCCAGACCCACGUCCGGGCACACCGAGACACUGAAGCCACCUCAGGGGAGGGAGCCUCCCAAGGCAACAAUUUCAGGUACACGUGUGACAUCUGUGGGAAGAAGUACAAGUACUACAGCUGUUUCCAGGAGCACCGGGACCUGCACGCCGUGGAUGUGUUUAGUGUGGAAGGGGCCCCCGAGAAUCGGGCAGACCCCUUCGAACAAGGCGUUGUCGCUACUGACGAGGUGAAGGAGGAACCCCCGGAACCAUUCCAGAAAAUCGGGCCAAUGAACAAUAUUACAUCAGAAAUUUUUAAGAAGAAAGAAGUUAGGCAGUGCCAAAAGAGAGAAACUGGCAAUUACACCUGUGAAUUCUGUGGAAAGCAGUACAAGUACUACACACCCUACCAGGAGCAUGUGGCCUUACACGCCCCCAUCAGUACUGCCCCCGGGUGGGAGCCACCGGACGAUCCAGACACGGGCUCUGAGUGUUCGCAUCCGGAGGUCUCCCCGUCUCCACGCUUCGUGGCAGCGAAGACCCAGACGAACCAGUCGGGGAAAAAAGCUCCGGCCUCCGUGGUCCGAUGUGGCGCCCUCUUACACCGCACCCCUCCAGCCACCCAAACCCAGACGUUCCGCACUCCAAACUCGGGAUCUCCGGCAAGCAAGGCGACCGCAGCAGAAAGCGCUUUCAGUCGGAGAGUAGAAGGCAAAGCACAAAACCACUUUGAAGAGACAAAUAGCAGUUCCCAAAACUCCAGCGAAACUGCAAGUCCCCUGAUUUCCAAUCCUUUCCCUCUCCUACAGAAACCAUACACCUGUGGUGCCUGCGGGAUCCAGUUCCAGUUCUACAACAACCUGCUGGAGCACAUGCAGUCCCAUGCAGCGGACAACGAGAACAACAUCGCCUCUAACCAGUCCCGAUCGCCACCUGCUGUUGUAGAAGAGAAGUGGAAACCCCAGGCCCAGAGGAAUAGCGCCAACAACACCAUUACCAGUGGCCUGACACCCAACAGCAUGAUCCCCGAGAAGGAGCGGCAGAACAUCGCAGAGCGGCUGUUGCGGGUCAUGUGCGCUGACCUGGGUGCGCUGAGCGUGGUGAGCGGGAAGGAGUUCCUGAAGCUGGCCCAGACGCUGGUGGACAGCGGCGCCCGCUAUGGGGCCUUCUCGGUCACGGAGAUCCUGGGCAACUUCAACACGCUGGCACUGAAGCACCUGCCCCGCAUGUACAACCAGGUGAAAGUGAAGGUGACGUGCGCCCUGGGCAGCAACGCCUGCCUGGGCAUCGGCGUCACCUGCCACUCACAGAGCGUCGGUCCCGACUCGUGCUACAUCCUCACAGCCUACCAGGCCGAGGGCAACCACAUCAAGAGCUACGUGCUGGGCGUCAAGGGCGCGGACAUCCGCGACAGUGGCGACCUGGUGCACCACUGGGUGCAGAACGUGCUGUCAGAGUUCGUGAUGUCGGAGAUCAGGACGGUGUACGUGACAGACUGCCGGGUGAGCGCGUCGGCCUUCUCCAAGGCCGGCAUGUGCCUUCGCUGCUCAGCCUGUGCCUUGAACUCGGUGGUGCAGAGCGUGCUGAGCAAGCGGACGCUGCAGGCCCGCAGCAUGCAUGAGGUCAUCGAGCUGCUCAACGUGUGCGAGGACCUGGCAGGCUCCACGGGCCUGGCCAAGGAGACCUUCGGCUCGCUGGAGGAGACCUCUCCGCCGCCCUGCUGGAACUCAGUCACCGACUCGCUGCUGCUGGUGCACGAGCGCUACGAGCAGAUCUGCGAGUUCUACAGCCGCGCCAAGAAGAUGAACCUUAUCCAGAGCCUCAACAAGCACCUGCUCAGCAACCUGGCAGCCAUCCUGACGCCCGUCAAGCAGGCGGUCAUCGAGCUGAGCAACGAGAGCCAGCCCACACUGCAGCUAGUGCUGCCCACCUACGUCCGGCUGGAGAAGUUGUUCACGGCCAAGGCUAACGACGCAGGCACCGUUAGCAAGCUGUGCCACCUCUUCCUGGAGGCCCUCAAGGAGAACUUCAAGGUGCACCCAGCACACAAGGUGGCCAUGAUCCUGGACCCGCAGCAGAAGCUGAGGCCUGUGCCGCCCUACCAGCACGAGGAGAUCAUCGGCAAGGUGUGCGAGCUCAUCAACGAGGUGAAGGAGUCCUGGGCUGAGGAGGCCGACUUUGAGCCCACCGCCAAGAAGCCCCGCUCCGCCGCGGGAGAGCACCCCGUGGCUCAGGAGGACGAUCGGCUGGGGAAGAACGAAGUGUACGAUUACCUGCAGGAGCCCCUCUUCCAGGCCACCCCUGAUCUCUUCCAGUACUGGUCGUGCGUGACCCAAAAGCACACGAAACUCGCCAAGCUGGCCUUCUGGCUGCUCGCGGUUCCGGCCGUGGGGGCCAGGAGCGGGUGUGUAAAUAUGUGUGAGCAAGCUCUUCUGAUCAAAAGGAGGCGGCUGCUCAGUCCGGAAGACAUGAACAAACUCAUGUUUCUGAAAUCCAACAUGCUUUAAAACUUCGGGACGCUGACAAGGAAGACAAGAGAAAGAGAAGAGAAACGUUAGGAAAAAGAAAACCACAUACACACACAACACUGUCGCAAAGAAAAAGGAAUUUAAGUUCUAAACACUGUGGACCUCAUUAUAAACG